CAGCACACGCGAGCUGUUUUGGGGGAGCUGCGGCAGGGGCUGGGCCGUGGGAACGGGCGGGCUAGAGCCAGUCGGGCCGGAGGGAUGCUCCGCAGAGACGCCAGAGGCCUCCAGCCCCUCGAGGACUGUCUGUAAUUGAAGAGAGCUGGAUAGAAAUGGGGAGCAGAGUUAACAGGGAAGGGGUAGAGCUCCCCAAAAGGGGGCAGCGCCUGUAGCAAGGGGGGCAGAGCUCAAAGGGAAGGGAUCGAGCUCCUAGAAAGGGGAGCUACAGAAAAGGGGAACAGAGCUCAUCCUGACGGGGUAGCGAGCCCCAUAGGAAAGGACUGAGCCACGGGGAAAGGGGGGCAGGUUCAUGGAAAGGACCAGAGCCACAGAAAUGGGGGGAAAGCCAAAAUCUAUAUACGCAGUGGGGCAGGACUCAGAAAGGAAGGACAAAGGUCAUAGAGGAGGGGAGCCAGGGCUCUGAAGGUGCAGAAGUUGCUGCUGAUUCCUAACGGCAUCUGAUCUGUUCCAACUCACAAUGGGUGUUUUCCCAGUGUAUUCAAUGGCAGUUUGGGCCCUUAAAAAAGCAGCUUUUGAUGGAGACAUCUGGUGACUGUAGCAGCCCAUGUGUCAGGGUAACUCCUGGGUUCCUUACACAUCUGCAAGAUUUGGAGCCCCAGGUGGCAAGAAGACGCUUAUCUCAGGCACGACACCGGGCUACACUGGCAGGACUCUUCAACAACCUGCGGGAAACUGUUUAUUCUCAGUCCAACAAUUCAGCAUCAAAGUGUCAGGUUUUGCGUAAGGCUAAAAAUUAUAUCCAGGAGCUGGAGCAGACUUUGGGUACGUUGCUGAAGAUGAAAGAGUCCUUCAAUCUGGAGGAUGGAAACCCAUCCAGCUUGGAGGAAGUCAGGGAGGAAUAUGUCAAGAUGUACUUCAGCGAUCACAGUACUGCAUCCCCUUCAGAUGCCUUGAAUGAGAGUAGCUCCACAGUCUGGUAUGUGAUUCAAGAAUUUGAAAAAAACUCAAUGGAAGAGGAUGGGAAGCCAAGACUUAUCCAGUCCCCAGCCACUUCGUCUCCUGAUCUGAUGGAGUUUGAACGGUACCUGUAUUUUUAUAAACAGACCGUGGACCUGCUGGUUGAGAAUGGAAUUGUGUGCACUGAAGAGGUCACUCUGCCUGUGGUCUCCACAGCUGUUUCUCACCUGUGGCAGGAUCUACCAGAGGAAAGGAGAGACAGCGUCUUGCAGUACUGCAGUCAGAGGCAAAAUUUACUCCCUGAUCCCAAGGCAGCCUGCCCUGAACCCGCUUGCACUGAAGGCAGCGUGAGGAACAGCAGAGCUAAUAGUCAGGAAGCCAGUGGCUCAUUGGUAUCCACGCCAGAGGAGAUACUAUUUGAAGAUGCAUUUGAUGUUGCUGCUGGUUUCCUUGAUGGAAAUGAGACUCAACAAACAAUGUCCAGUCCAAGCUCCGUGUUCACCGGCUGCAUCUCAGAAAAUGCAGAGGAUAACCACCGGCUCUACUUGCAGAUCACUGGUUUCCUAAAGGGCCUUUUCUUUGCUAACACACAGGUUCCCCAGGAAGAAGCUCUUCAGUUUGACUAUGAGACUGUGAUGCUGCGGUGCACGGAGACUUUUGAUGAUGAAGAUUUGUAAAUACAGGUGUCUCCUUUAACUAAAGCAAUACAGAGCUCUGCUUAACAUGCAUGGCCCGUGACGAGAUGCUGCCCCCGACUCAGUGAGCUGCUUCAGGGGACGGCUGGAGAAUCUGUGUUGAUGUGAUUUGUUACUGGUUUACUGUAUAUUCCCUCAUCAGUGUUUUUGUGCAUCAGUUAAGUAAUUUAUAUGUUAAAAUGUUUUUAGGUUGCAGAUAUUUAUAAAGUUUUAAAGAAAAGUGA